GGAUUACCAAUAAUAAUUGGACUUAAUGUGAACCGAAAGCCCAAACUUGAAAUACGAAAGCCUUCUUCUCCGAAUUCCCUUCCCCUUUCUCUGUAAACAAUCAAUGGAGUCCAAACCCUCAACCGGAUUCGGACCCUCCAGUAGUCCUCUACUCUCUCUCUCCACCUUCGUCCACCAGCACUGUUCCCGACUCGGUGCCGAACUCACUAACCGAAUCGACGAAGCGAAACGGCUGAGUUCUAAAAUCGCGGCCGAUUUUAUUCAGCAGCCGCUGCCGGCGGCGAUAGGGAGGAGUUGUUCUUUGCCGUUGCAUUCUUAUCAUCUAUCUCUUCCGUUCGCUUCGGUGUCGCAGCGUCAAGAGAAGGUCGCUAAAAACACCGGUUUGAGCUCGGAUUAUGUGGCUAAGACAUUAACUGGAACUUCUGUAUACACGGUUAGCAAUUCUAACAAUGAAUUCGUGCUCAUUUCGGACCCGAAUAGUGCGAAGUCAAUCGGAUUAUUGUGCUUCCGUCAAGAGGACGCCGAGGCAUUUCUUGCUCAGGUACGGUUGCGGAAGGGGGAAGUGAGAGGUGGAGCUAAGGUAGUUCCGUUGACGCUUGAUCAGGUUUACAUGUUGAAGGUUGAAGGAAUCGCAUUUCGUUUUUUGCCAGAUCCUGUUCAAAUUAAGAAUGCAAUGGAGUUAAAAGCUUCUGAUGUGAAGACUGGAUUUGAUGGAGUCCCUGUUUUCCAGUCAGAUCUCCUAGUUGUGAAAAAGAGAAACAGACGAUACUGUCCAAUAUACUUUCGAAAGGAGGAUAUAGAAAAGGAGUUAUCGUCAAGGGCAUCGAGAGGAUCUAGUGUCUCUCAGCACAUUAUGGUAGGGACUUUGGAAGAUGUCCUGAAAAAAAUGGAGAUAAGUCAGAAAAAUUCUGGCUGGGAGGACCUUAUCUUUAUUCCUCCCGGUAAAAGCCAUUCACAGCACAUUCAAGAUGUUACAAAAGCAUGAAUUUCUUUGCAAGCAGCUCCUGUUUGAAACAAAUCAAAAUAGAGGCAGGUUCACAUUCUCCUCUGCAUUUGGUCGACCCGAAUAAUCCAAAUAGUUAAGCUCCGUACUGCUGGAUUAGCUUAAAGAAGAUACAUAAAUGAUCAAGUUUUUGCUUGAAUAUUUAAUGGAGGGAACAACUAACAUGUUAUACAUUAAAAGUCAAUGAGUUGGUAACUAGAGGCACAAUUUACUUGGUGUCAUCUGUACGUACAUUGCACAAUUUGAAUUGUUGAAUUAUGUUUUGACUCUUAGCAAUAUUCUAUAUUGAUGGGGUAAAUUAUCCCAGGAUGCUUUGCACACUCUCACCUCCCAUUUUAUUUGAGAGUGAAAGAAACGAUAACAAGUUGUGGUACCCUCAGUUUGCGACGAAAA